AAGGGUGACCAAGAUGAACAGAUAAGACAAACAUUGACUGAUUAUAAGAGAAUGGUGAACAACAAACAAUGCAGUGAUGUUACUGUGACCUCAUGUAGUGGAGAAACUUUUAAUGCUCACCAGGUCAUUCUAGCAGCCAGGUGCCCUCAGCUGUUACAGAUGAUGAAAGAUUCAAUGAUCACAUUAGAUUUUACCCCAGACAUAGUGCUGACCUUCCUGACUUUUAUAUAUACAGGGGAUAUUACUCUUACACCUUCUUCACAAACUGAACUCCUUGUAUUAGCAAAACAGUUAGAGUUCACUCCCCUGGUAGAUGCUUGUAAUAAAGUAGUAUUACAGAAGGAGAUUUCUGACACUGUGGACUUGAAUGAUAACCAAGAAUGUUCAGAAACUGACUUUGUUGAGUCUAAGUUAGAUAUGAAGGAAAUAUGGGGAGAAUCUGACAGUGACCUUGACCUGAAUGAAGGUGAUGAGAGCAGUGAUAAAGAGAUAAGUUGUGAUAGUGAUAUUACUGAGAAUGAUUAUAGAGAUAUUACAUCUACACAACAUGGUAAACUAAAGAGUAAGGUUUCUCAGAGUGUUACUGAUAUAAUGGAAUUAGAUGAUGAUGAUGAGGUAAGAGGAAAAAAUAUGGAUGAUGAAUUGGGUAAAAAGGGUAAUAAUAAUGUGCAAAUAGAAAAUGAAUGUGCUUCUGAUGAAAAUGCAUCAUCUGUAGAAAACAAUGAUAAUGAAAUCAUGGAUGUAGAUUUAGAUAUUGAAAUGAAUUUGAAUGAAGAUAUGAAUUCUGAUGUAAGUCCAAGUCCAAAAAGGGUGAGAUUAAGUUGUGAAACUAAACACUUAAAUGAUGAAGAGAAUGCUGUAAUGAAUCAAAACAGUGUUCUGAAUAAAAUAAAUAAAAAAGAUGUCUAUGAAGGAAAUACAGGCCAUAAUGGUCAUAAGGAAAGCUUGAGGGAAGUUAAUAAAGUGAUUGAAAUAGAUGAUGAUAUUGCUAAUGAUACUAGCAUUGGAAUGAAUUCAUCAACUGCUGAUUUGUUUGACAGUCCUUCACCUAAAAGAGGUAGUGUUGCAACAGAAACUGUGAUUAAGGAAGCAAAUAAAACUUUGUCUUCUGAAUAUGAUAUAAGAAAGAUAUCAAAGUUUUCCACUCAACUAGAAAACAAAUUUAACACAAAUACACCUCCUGUGACUGCUGUGAUAAAUAUAGAUUCAGAUUCUACACAAGAAGAUAAUGAUAAUGUUGAUGAAAAUGUUAGUGAUAUUGAUGGUAACAGUCAGGGAGAUAAUGUAAACCAAUGUGAUAACUUUAAUGACAGUCUAGAAAAGGGUUAUGAUCCUGUUGCAUGUGAUACAGAGACUGUAAAUGAUAAUGCAAUACAUUCAUACAAAAUGGAUAAAGGCAUUGCACAUGAUGAUGAUGAUAAAUCAGAUGGUACCUUGGAUGGUUCAGAUGAUGAUUUACAAAUAACAGGAGAUAAUCUGGAUGAAUUAAUUCAAAAUUCACCUACUUUUCAUCAUCAUAAAACAAUUUGUGGUUCAAAAAAAGGUUAUUGUCAUGGAAAAGAGGAUCUUGAAACCAAAUAUCUUGGAUUGAAAAGUUCCACUGAAGUUGUCUCCCAUCGAGGAAGUAAUUCUAGUGCUGAUGAAUCUGUAAAUAAUGAACCUAAACAUUUAUUUCCCUCAUCAAGAGACAGUAAAGACUUAAAUUGUGAGGACAGUAAUGUUUAUAUUAAGAUCCCAGAUAGCACUGAUGAUACGGAUGAAUCUGUGACAACUGUUAAACAGUCUAGUGACAAAGACCAUUUGGAUAUCUGUAGUGAAGAAUCUGAUAUGAAAAGUAGUCCAGGUGUAGAUGUUAGAAAAUCUGUAGCAUAUGGAAAACAUGAAAUGUCAGUAUAUACUGAUGAUGCAGAUAAUGCUGGUACUCCAAACAGCUCAUUCAGUGUUGACAAUGCAGAUGUGUGGGAGGAUUUUGAUGACUGUGGUAUGGGGUAUGAACCUCCAGAUAUCAGUGUUGGAAUAAUGUGUGAUAAUCAACCUCAAGAUGAAAGUCCUGUGAAUAACUCCGCUCUUAUUGGAUAUGAAAAAUCAACAGAAAGUGCUGAUGAACUAUCACCUGUCAUCCCUGUGCAAGAAGUAAUUGAUCUCUCUCAAAAUGAAGAUGAUAAUGAUGUUGGUGAGAAACAGUCAGGAAAUGAUAUAGACAAUGCCCUUCUAGAAGAUGGAGAUGAUAGUUUUGUGUUUAAAGUAAAUGAUCAACUGGAGAGAACAGACACUCCAGUAACAAAAAUUCAUCAAACAAAGAAAAAUAGUUUUAAAACACCAACAGUAGUUGCAGGAAAUCCUGAGAAGAAACGUCAAUGGGAACCUCCCUCUCCUUUUACUCCAAUGCCAGAGUACGGAUCCAUGCCAACACCAGCUCUCAAGAAAGCAGUAAAUAAAUACGGCAUGAAACCAGUAGGAAAGAAAAGAAUGAUCAAAGUCCUCGAAGAUAUCUAUCAUCAAACACAUCAAUAUGAGACUGACAGUGACUGUGAAGAGGAGGUACAUACUGGCACUACAACCUCAGUAACUGGUGGAGGUGAUACAUUGACCAAUGAUAGUCUACCAUCUAGUCAAGGGGAUUUAUCCUCACAAGAUUCUGAUAUCAGUGAUGUAUUAGAGGAGAGUUGUCUCCACAUGUCCAGUGAUAGUGACACCUCAUCUUCUCCACAGAAAAAUGUUGAUGUAACCAGACAGCUCUUUCAGUUUAUUAAAACACGAUCAGAAAUACAUGCAAGAAUUCUAAUGUAUGAGCCUCUAGAACUUGAUGUUUUAAAGAAAGAGGUUAAAGAUUCAGGAAUCAAAUGCUCUAUGGAUAAACUGAUGGAUUUCUUAGAUGAAAGGUGCAUCGCUUUCACAAGUAAGAACUCCAGAAAGAGACAGACUAGUAGAAGAGGAAAACAGAAAACAACAAAAUCUAAAAACACAGAAAACCAGCCUGACAAAUGAAUAAAUACAUAAUUGUUGGAUAUUGUACUACAAUAUGUUAUGCUUGUUUAUAAUGACAUAUGACAUGACUUUAACAGAAAUAUAAGCAUGUCAAUGCCUGUUAAUAACUAGCUCAUUGAAUUAUUAUAUUCAUGACAAAUAACAGCUGAUUUUAACUCUUACCAUGCUAAAUAUAUAAAAUGGACAUGUCCAUCUUACAAGUUGGACAUAAUCAUUUAUGUACUGACUGAUUAACUUUAUGGAUGUGCCGGCUGAUCUUGGUCUGCACUGGUUACAUGGGUAGAAUCAAUUGUUGUUAGCAGACUAAGUGUCAAAAUAAUCAGUCAAUUGAUGCGUUCAGAGUUGAUAAAAGCUGUUACAUUUAACCUUGCACUCAUCACUACUAUAGAAAAAAACACAUUCAUGUGUAUAUGUUAAACAUGUGAAUUAAAGGACAUUUAAGCCGAUUCACGACAAAACCAACAUAGUUGGUUUGCGACCAGCAUGGAUCCAGACCAGCCUGCGCAUCCGCUCAGUCUGAUCAGGAUCCAUGCUGUUUGCUAUCAGUUUCUCUACUUGUAAUAGGGUUUGUAAGCGAACAGCAUGGAUCCUGAUCAGACUGCGCGGAUGCGCAGGCUGGUCUGGAUCCAUGCUGGUCGCAAACCCAUUAUGUUGGUUUUGUCGUGACGCAGCUCAUUUAAGUUUUGCUCUGUGAGGGAGAAGUGCAAGUAUCCACUUGGAAGUAAGAUAUUUUUUAAUAUUUCACCUUAUUUUAAGAAAACAAAGAGGUAUUUACAUGUACUUAAUUUAUCGAAAUAAAGUCCACAGAUGUUUCUGUAUUGUCAGUUAAUCACUGAUAAGUAAGAAAAUAAUGACUGUAUUUUCAUAUUGUUUUACAUUAUUUUCUAACAAUUAUUCCUUUUAAAAACAUCAAAUGUUUUUUAAUUAUUUUAUGUUAUUUUUCAAAAAUGGAAGUUUGUAUAUUUAACGUAGUUAUCUUGGUGCUGUAAGUUUACUUACUGUUUUAAUCUUGACUUGUUAACAACACACAGUAUGCAUGUAUAUAUAGUAACUAUUUACUAGUAAAUAAUAAUUAAAGUAUGAGAUGCACCUAGGAGUUCUGAAAAAAUAUCCAAUUUACAUCAUUUUUUACGUUCGCUGCAUUAAUUUUGUUGUAUUAAUGUCAAUGUACAUGUACAUUGUAAUGAAAAUAUCAAACUGAAUAAAUUUCAUAAAUGUU